AUGCUGUUCAUGACCCAGUCACUGCUCUCCUUGACGCGGCCACGGGCAGACUCUUCGAGCUCCACCCUGGUGUCGCAGCCGGCGGCCACCGCGGCGACCAUGGCGAUGGUCAGGCUGGCGCCCUCCAUGGUCACCACCGGCCUACGGUACUCCUCGACCAUGCGCUUCACCGCGUCAAGAUGGCUCCCGGACAGCUCCUCUGCCGCCUUCCCCCAGUUCAAGGGGUCGGCCCGCGCCGGCUGCGACACCAGGGUGGAGCUCGAUGAGUCCGCCCGUGGCCGUGUCAAGGAGAGCAGUGACUGGGUCAUGAACAGCAUGGCCAACGGCACAGACAGCUACGGUGUCACCACUGGCUUCGGCGCCACCUCUCACAGGAGGACCAAGGAGGGUGGAGCUCUCCAGCGUGAGCUCAUCAGAUUUCUUAAUGCCGGAGCCUUCGGCACCGGUGGCCACGACCACGUUCUGCCCGCCGCAGCGACGAGGGCAGCGAUGCUUGUCCGUGUCAACACUCUGCUCCAGGGGUACUCAGGCAUCCGCUUUGAGAUCCUCGAGACGGUCGCUGCGCUUCUCAACGCCAACGUGACACCAUGCCUGCCGCUCCGGGGCACGAUCACCGCCUCCGGCGACCUCGUCCCGCUUUCCUAUAUCGCAGGCCUGGUGACCGGUCGGGCAAACUCCGUGGCCACUGCUCCGGAUGGCAGCAAGGUAAACGCGGCGGAGGCGUUCAAGAUCGCCGGCAUCCAGCAUGGCUUCUUUGAGCUGCAGCCCAAGGAAGGGCUUGCCAUGGUGAACGGCACGGCAGUGGGCUCUGGGCUUGCGUCCAUGGUGCUUUUCGAGGCUAAUAUCCUAAGCCUCCUUGCCGAGGUUCUAUCGGCUGUCUUCUGCGAGGUCAUGAACGGCAAGCCGGAGUACACCGACCACUUGACCCACAAGCUGAAGCACCACCCCGGACAGAUUGAGGCCGCGGCCAUCAUGGAGCACAUCCUUGAAGGAAGCUCCUACAUGGCACUCGCAAAGAAGCUCGGUGAGCUUGACCCAUUGAUGAAGCCAAAGCAAGAUAGAUAUGCGCUCCGCACAUCGCCACAGUGGCUUGGCCCCCAGAUUGAGGUCAUCCGUGCUGCAACCAAGUCGAUCGAGCGGGAGAUCAACUCCGUCAACGACAACCCACUCAUCGAUGUCUCUCGUGGCAAGGCCAUCCACGGGGGCAACUUCCAGGGUACGCCUAUCGGCGUGUCCAUGGACAACACCAGGCUUGCCAUUGCUGCGAUCGGCAAGCUCAUGUUUGCCCAGUUCUCGGAGCUGGUGAACGACCUCUACAACAACGGUUUGCCUUCCAACCUCUCUGGCGGGCGCAAUCCAAGUUUGGAUUAUGGCUUCAAGGGAGCUGAGAUUGCCAUGGCCUCAUACUGCUCUGAGCUCCAGUUCUUAGGCAACCCGGUGACCAACCAUGUCCAGAGCGCCGAGCAACACAACCAAGAUGUCAACUCUCUCGGUCUCAUCUCCUCCAGGAAGACCGCCGAGGCCAUUGACAUACUCAAGCUCAUGUCCUCCACAUUCAUGGUCGCGUUGUGCCAGGCCAUCGACCUCCGUCAUCUCGAGGAGAAUGUCAAGGAUGCCGUCAAGAGCUGCGUGAAGAUGACGGCCAGGAAGACAUUGAGCACCACCAACAAUGGGCACCUCCACAAUGCGCGAUUCUGCGAGAAGGACCUGCUGCUCACGAUUGACCGUGAGGCGGUGUUCGCGUAUGCAGACGACCCUUGCAGCGCCAACUACCCACUCAUGCAGAAGAUGCGUGCGGUUCUCGUGGAGCACGCCUUGGCCAAUGGUGAGGCCGAGCGCGACGUGGAGACAUCCGUCUUUGCCAAGCUUGCCGCGUUCGAGCAGGAGCUCCGUGCAGUGUUACCAAAGGAGGUCGAGGCUGCCUGGACCUCCGUGGAGAACGGAACCGCCGCGCAGCAGAACCGUAUCACCGAAUGCCGGUCAUACCCGCUCUACAGGUUCGUGCGCAAGGAGCUUGGGACUGAGUACUUGACUGGGGAGAAGACACGGUCUCCUGGGGAAGAGGUGGACAAGGUGUUUGUCGCCAUGAACCAGGGCAAGCACAUCGACGCGCUGCUGGAGUGCCUAAAAGAGUGGAACGGUGAGCCCUUGCCUAUCUGCUGA